CGGAGCAGCGGCCGUGCUGUCAUGUGGCCGUGUGGCCACGGAUGGCUACGGAUUCUUGUGCCUUGGCGGUUGAUUCGGCCCCACAGCCUUGCCAGCACUUUUGGUGGCUGUAGGGUGGCGAUGGCGGAAGCACUCUCUGACGAAGCCGAGGCAGGCGCUGGGCUGAAGGCUGUGGCUCUGCAAAACGGACACGCGAAAGGGGAGUCGCUCCAGGAGCGCCUGGAGGCGGCGGCGGUAGUGGAGCCCGCCGAGGGGAGCGGGAAGCAGGUCCCGGGGAACGGGGAGGAAACCCAGGGAGGCAAAGAGCAGUCCUCAGCCCCAGCCAGAGACUCAGGCAGGAGGAAGAAGCGGUGGGGUGCCACUGGGGAGCGGGUCGUGCCGCCCCCAAAGAAACGGCGGACUGGGGUCAGCUUUAGCAAUGAGCACUUUGCAGAGACCAGCUACUACUUCGAAGGCGGCCUGCGCAAGGUGCGGCCCUAUUACUUUGACUUCCGGACCUACUGUAAAGGCCGCUGGGUGGGCCACAGCUUGCUGCACGUCUUCAACACGGAGUUCCGAGCCCAGCCGCUGACCUACUACGAGGCUGCAGUCCGGGCCGGACGCCUGCAUCUCAACGAGGAACCAGUACAGGACCUUAGCAUCGUGCUCAAGGACAAUGAUUUCUUGCGGAACACAGUGCACAGGCACGAGCCCCCAGUCACAGCAGAGCCUAUUCGAUUGCUAGCUGAGAAUGAAGAUGUGGUGGUUGUAGACAAGCCUUCCUCCAUUCCUGUCCACCCCUGUGGUCGAUUCAGACACAACACAGUCAUCUUCAUCCUGGGCAAGGAGCACCAACUGAAGGAGUUACAUCCGUUGCAUCGACUUGAUCGCCUUACCUCAGGAGUGCUCAUGUUUGCCAAGACAGCUACUUUCUCUGAAAAGAUUCAUGAGCAGGUUCGGGACCGGCAGCUGGAGAAGGAAUAUGUAUGCCGGGUUGAUGGGGAGUUCCCAGACAAAGAAGUUACUUGCAAGGAACCCAUCUUAGUGGUGUCUUACAAAGUAGGAGUAUGCCGUGUAGAUCCUCGGGGCAAGCCCUGUGAGACUGUGUUCCAGAGGCUGAGCUACAAUGGCCACUCCAGUGUAGUACGAUGCCUACCACUCACAGGCCGUACCCACCAAAUCCGAGUCCACCUCCAGUUCCUGGGCCACCCCAUUCUCAAUGACCCCAUCUACAAUUCAGCUGCAUGGGGUCCCUCUCGAGGCCAGGGUGGCCACAUUCCCAAGACAGAUGAGGAACUGCUCCGGGACCUGGUUGCAGAGCAUCAGGCCAAACAAAGCCUGAAUGUGCUAGAUCUAUGUGAGGAUGACCUGGCCUCAGGACUGACAGAAUCUACAGCUCCCCCUUUAGAGUUGGCCAAGGAUAGCCUGGAAGAGUUGGCUACAGCUGCCCAGAAGAUUGAUGGAGUAGCUGAGGUAGCCUCUCAGGAUUUGGACACACCACAGGAAGCAGCUGAAGCAGAUGUUAUGAAUCAAGAGACAGACUCACUCUGCACAGAGUGCCGGCUGAUGCGACAGGAUCCCUUGCCCCAGGACCUUGUGAUGUUCCUGCAUGCCCUCCGCUAUAAAGGGCCAGACUUUGAGUAUGUCUCACCUAUGCCUACCUGGGCACAGGAUGAUUGGCAAGAAGAUUGAGGGAUAUGGCCAAUGGAAGAAUUGCUGCUUAGGUUGCAGUGAGGUUGGGCUAUGGGGCAGGGACUGAUCCCAUUGGUUGAAACUUGGGUUUUGGGAAGGGUGAGGUGAGGCUGUUAAGGAAUCUGCUCAUACUUGCUACCUCCUUCCUUCUCCUGGCUAGUUUAGGUUCUUUUAUGUUAGUAAAUAUAACUCUUUUUUUUCAUA